UUCAGUCAUAACGUGCACUUGGUUGACAGUGUUGAACUGUGUUCGCAAACGGUACUGAUUCUCUAUCACAAAUCCUACAGACUUCAUCAAGGAAAAUGGCAGCGAAACGUAUUGCUCUUCUUAGUGUAUCGGACAAAACCGGACUAAUCGAUUUGGGUCAGAGUCUUGCUGCGCUUGGUUUUCGCCUGGUUGCUAGUGGUGGCACUGCCACGGCCUUGCGAAAUGUUGGUCUGGCGGUGGAUGAUGUCUCCGAUAUAACCGGCGCACCAGAAAUGCUUGGUGGUCGCGUCAAGACCCUGCAUCCAGCCGUGCAUGCUGGCAUACUUUCGCGCACCACAGAAAGCGAUCUUGCCGAUAUGAAACAGCAAAACUUCGACUUGAUCAGCUUGGUUGUGUGCAAUCUGUAUCCAUUUGUAAACACUGUAUUCAAACCUGAUGUGACAGUGGCCGAUGCUGUUGAGAAUAUCGAUAUUGGCGGCGUCACUCUGCUGCGUGCGGCAGCUAAAAAUCAUGCUCGUGUCACGGUCAUCUGCGAGGCUAGCGAUUAUGCCAAGGUGCUCGGCGAAAUCAAGGAGCAUGGCGAUACUACUUUGGACACUAGAAAAGUGUUGGCGCUCAAAGCCUUCACACACACUGCCGCGUACGACGAUGCAAUUUCCGAUUAUUUCCGCAAGCAAUAUUCUUCAGGUGGGUCGCAGCUCAACUUACGUUAUGGCAUGAAUCCACACCAGAAACCCGCACAGCUCUUCACACAACUCGAAUCGCUUCCGCUGAAGGUGGUCAAUGCUUCGCCGGGGUUUAUUAAUUUGUGUGAUGCGCUUAAUGGCUGGCAACUUGUGCGCGAACUUAAGCGUGCACUAAAUCUGCCGGCCGCGACCAGUUUCAAGCACGUCUCACCGGCUGGCGCAGCCGUGGGCACACCAUUGAGUCGUGAGCAAGCCAAGUUAUGCAUGGUAGACGAUCUGUAUGACAGCUUGACACCGUUGGCCAUCGCGUAUGCGCGUGCGCGCGGUGCCGAUCGCAUGUCCUCAUUCGGUGACUUUGUUGCGCUUUCCGACAUUUGCGACGUGGUGACUGCGCGUAUAAUUUCACGUGAGGUGUCAGAUGGUAUUAUUGCGCCCGGUUAUGAGCCAGCCGCGUUGGAGUUAUUGAAGAAGAAAAAAAACGGCGGUUACUGCAUUCUACAGAUGGAUCCCGAUUAUGAGCCAAGCACAUUGGAACGCAAAACCAUCUUCGGUUUAACGCUGGAACAGAAACGCAAUGAUGCCGUUAUCGAUGCCUCACUGUUCGCCAAUGUCGUCACGAAGCUCAACACUCUACCUGAGAAUGCCGUACGCGACUUAAUUGUCGCAACUAUCGCGCUGAAGUUCACGCAAAGUAAUUCCGUGUGCUAUGCACGCGAUGGCCAAGUUAUUGGCAUUGGCGCCGGUCAGCAGUCGCGCAUACACUGCACACGUUUGGCUGGCGAAAAGGCCGAUAAUUGGUGGCUGCGUCAACACCCACGUGUCGCCGGCAUGAAAUUCAAGUCGGGCGUCAAGCGCGCGGAAAUCUCGAAUGCCAUCGACAACUACGUGAACGGCACCGUAGGCAAGGACAUGCCGCUCAGCCAGUUCGAAGCGAUGUUUGAGGAGGUGCCACCACAGUUGAGCGGGCAAGAGAAGGCAGAUUGGCUUAAGCAGUUGGACGGUGUUUCUUUGGGUUCCGAUGCCUUCUUCCCAUUCCGUGAUAAUAUCGAUCGCGCCAGAUUGAGUGGCGUAUCAUACAUCGGCAGUCCGGCUGGUUCCACCAAUGAUGCUGGCGUUAUCGAGGCCUGCAAUGAACACGGCAUUGUGUUGGCUCAUACGAACUUGCGUCUAUUCCAUCAUUGAUAAGAAAUACUACAUUUUAUUUAGCAAGCAAAGCAUAAUCCUCUUAGUGACAAUAAGCAUUGGAAAUCUACAAUAUAUAAAUAUACAUACAGACGUAUUUUUCUAAACCA